CAGCUGCUGAUCUUGAUCCUGCACCCCGAGCCGUACACAAGAGCUAGUCGGUAGAACUUGCAGGAGCGGAGCAGAACUAAGUGCAGAGAACAGGACAUAUGGCUACGCCGGCGGUGAAGGUUUACGGGUGGGCUAUCUCGCCGUUCGUAUCGCGGGCUCUGCUGGCCCUGGAGGAGGCCGGCGUCGACUACGAGCUCGUCCCCAUGAGCCGCCAGGACGGCGACCACCGCCGCCCGGAGCACCUCGCCAGGAACCCUUUCGGGAAGGUGCCGGUGCUCGAGGAUGGCGACCUCACGCUCUUCGAAUCACGUGCGAUCGCGAGGCAUGUUCUCCGGAAGCACAAGCCGGAGCUGCUGGGCGGCGGCAGGCUGGAGCAGACGGCGAUGGUGGACGUGUGGCUGGAGGUGGAGGCCCACCAGCUGAGCCCGCCGGCGAUCGCCAUCGUGGUGGAGUGCGUGUUCGCGCCGUUCCUGGGCCGCGAGCGCAACCAGGCGGUGGUGGACGAGAACGUGGAGAAGCUCAAGAAGGUGCUGGAGGUGUACGAGGCGCGGCUGGCCACGUGCACGUACCUCGCCGGCGACUUCCUCAGCCUCGCCGACCUCAGCCCCUUCACCAUCAUGCACUGCCUCAUGGCCACCGAGUACGCCGCUCUCGUCCAUGCGCUCCCGCACGUCAGCGCCUGGUGGCAGGGCCUCGCCGCGCGCCCGGCGGCCAACAAGGUGGCGCAGUUCAUGCCGGUCGGCGCCGGAGCGCCCAAGGAACAGGAGUGACGAUGAAGCGAUCGAAGCGACUUGUGUUGUUGUGCUUGAUUAGUUAAUUGGAAACCUUCUCACUCAUCUAGUCCAUCAUGGUGCCUGCUUUUCUUUAUACUAUUUGUCUUAAUUUUGCUGCUUUCUCCACGGAAUAAUAGUAGAGAUUUGGAAAUGUAAUGUAUUUUAUCAAAAUAUAUUGGAUUUUCAAGCAAUAUAGUAUGGUUUUCGCUGC